CGGCCUUUCUCUCAAUUUUUUCCGGUGAAGGUGCAACAGUUUUCGGUCGUCCCGAAGCCGGGUUCAUCCGACACCAUCACCAACCAGGCUGAUCUGAGGCCAACCUCCAAAGCAGCGACAUGCCGCCCAAAUUCGACCCCAACGAAAUCAAAAUCGGUAUGUUUUUAGGCUCCACGAGUUGUAGGAGCCGGUUGACAGACGAGGAGGGGUCGCUGUGCGCAGGCUGCCUCCGCGCCUGUUGGCUUGUGGGCCUUGUGCUGAAAACGUGUACAUGAGAUGCACAGGAGGAGAAGUAGGAGCCACCUCAGCUCUGGCCCCCAAAAUUGGACCCCUGGGUCUGUCUCCCAAGAAAGUUGGUGACGACAUCGCCAAGGCCACCGGAGACUGGAAGGGCCUAAGGAUUACUGUAAAGCUGACGAUCCAGAACAGGCAGGCAGCAAUCGAGGUGGUCCCCUCUGCAUCUGCUCUGAUCAUCAAGGCUCUGAAAGAACCUCCCCGCGACAGGAAGAAGGUUAAGAACAUCAAACACAGCGGUAGCGUGACCUUUGACGAGAUCGUGGGCAUUGCUCGUGUCAUGAGGCAUCGCUCCAUUGCCAGAGAGCUUUCUGGAACCAUCAAGGAGAUCCUAGGGACGGCCCAGUCUGUGGGCUGCACCAUUGAUGGCCGUCAUCCCCAUGAUGUCAUCGAUGACAUCAACAGCGGGAAAGUAGAGUGUCCGUCUGACUGAACUGUCGUUAAAUAAACUUUGACUAAAUUGA